AAAAAGCGAAUGCAAGUGCCAGAACAGUACACACUGUCAUACCAUAUUAUACUUAGAAUCUAGUACAUCAUCUAGAUCUAGAUCUAGUCUAGAUUUAGGCCUACAAUCUAGAUCUAGUCUAGAUCUAGAUCUAUCUAAUCUGAAAUAAGAAUCUACGAUCCCCACUUGAAUGGCCUCUGAUGGUCAACAAGGCUCCAGGCAAGUGAGAUCUGUUAUAGAAUUACUCUGCACAAUUCUUGAAGAAAACAACAUAACCACCAUUCGUGCAGAAACAUUACGCCAAGCUAAAUUUAAUAAGGAUGGUUGUACGAGAGAAAUGUGGAAUCUUGUCUCUGACAUUGUCUACUACUGUUCAAAUCAUAAAAUGUUCAAGUUGAAACUGAACAAGCUUGAAACAUUUUCAGGUUCUAGCAGACAACUUUUGUUAGUGCUGGGCUGGCUGAUUCACAAAACAAACCUGAUUGAAGACAUUAUUUAUACAAGGUCAAAUCCAUUAGAUGUGGAGCUUCUUCAGGAUGAAAGAUUUGCUCCAUCAAGAGAUGAAAAAGUUGCUCCAUCAAGAGAUUUGUUACCCCAUGAAAAAAUGGGCCAACAUCUUCUUUUGUGUGGUAAACUGAGGCUAGCAUGGCGUAGGCUGUAUGGUCUACAGCAAGAACUGGCAAUUCUCACAAAUAAGAUAGCUCAGCAUACAGCAGGACUUAGCUUACAAGUUGGCUGGGACCAUUUAACUGCUGCACAAGUUUAUCUGCUAAAAAACCCUGACAGGUUACUACAGCUGCUGGUUGACCUUGAAGCUGAGAUGAGAUCCCUGCAACAUUUACUUGAAUGGAAGGAAAAGAAAUCUGUUUUCUGGCAUUGGAUGGCCAGUGUACUGGAGCUGGAGCAGAGGUCAACUGGACCAGAUGCUGGACAAAUUGCUGAGAAUUUAGGACAGGACAUUAGCACAGCAAGGUCAAAGGUCAGAGAGUUGAUUCUAAAUCACGAGCCAGACAUGAAUAGACUUGAGCAGCUCAUUCCACUCAAGAGAUCAACUUCAAUAGGAUGGGUUGAGCAAGUGGAUUUAGAACUGCUAGGUCUCACGCAGUUGCUGUCUCACAGUGCUGUACCCUGCCAGCUGUCUCACAGUGCUGUACCCUGUCCCCACCAGCUGUCUCACAGUGCUGUACCCUGCCCCCAGCAGCUGUCUCACAGUGCUGUACCCUGCCCCAACCAGCUGUCUCACAGUGCUGUACCCUGCCCCCAGCAGACAAGUGGACAAGUGCAAAACACAGCUAUUGCUGUGUUCCAGUUACAAGAGGAAAUGUUGAAGCAGGCCGCACUGGUUGGCAACCUGCAAGUCCAGCUCCAGAAAUGUCAAGUUGAAAAAAUUGAGGAAAUUGGAGCUUUCCUACAAAUGUACCCAGAUGUCAUUUGUAUACAGGCAAGAAAAUGACAUGCAUACACGUCAUUUAUACUAGGGCAAGAAUGUAUAAAAUGUAUAAAAAGUGAUGCAUAUUGCUAAUCUAGAUCAGAGAUGGUCUGAUUGUUUAUUGACUUCAAAUGUUAAAAUAAAUUAAUUGAUCUGUGCUUAAUAUAGAACAAUUUGUUUGGAAACUAUAAUGUAUUUUAUUGUAUGUAUUUCGCUGAUGCUCAUAUUAAAACUGUUAUGGGUUAACUGUGCUAAAGUUUUAACAGUCAACUAAGCUGUGCUAGAGUUAACAUUUAACACAUCUGAAUAAAGUCUGGAAUUUUUCAAAAAAAGUCUGGAAUUU